AUGUCGUUGGAAGUCUACCCCGCGUCCCCCGCCGACGCGCCCGAACUCACACAACUCUUCUACGCCACCUUCCGUAGCGGCCUCGACACAACCAUGUUUCCCAACACGCCAGAUGUCACGGAAUGGUGGGAGAAUGCUUUUAGCGCCGAUAUUACGCGCUCAAUUGCACGCGAGACCAACGAUUUGUUCUUGAAGGUGGCGGAAGGGUCGGAAAGUGGCCCCGUUGUCGCAUUCGCGAAAUGGAAGCGUCCCGUGUCGGCUGCAGAUCGCGAUCGACACGAAGAACAGAUCGUGUGGCCUGCUAGCAGUGAUAAGGAGCUUUGCGAUCGGUUUUUCGUUGAUAUGGAGGCGCGGCAUGAGAAGUGGAUGGGAGAGAGACCUCAUUAUUAUCUGGAUAUGCUGGGUGUUCACCCUUCCUACCAAGGCAAGGGACUGGGCUCGAAGCUCCUGAAAUGGGGUCUCACGCGCGCAGAUGCUGAAGGUGUGGAGGUUUAUCUAUCUGCAUCUCCGGCUGGGAGACCCUUGUAUGCGAAAUAUGGGUUCAAGGAAGUUGAUACCUUUUCGCCGUACCCCAACUAUGUGCAGGUGGGAAUGAUACGCUCGCCCAAUGCUCAAUAG